GUGGUGUGGUGUGUUAUGGUAUGGUUGGGUGUGUGUGUGUCGUUCGUUCGUUUGUGUCAUUCAUGCAGUCGAUCCGUGCCCAUUCGUCGCAUCGACGAGGGCCUCUACAUCAUUGGCACCAGGCGGGUCUCGUGCAAGAUACUCAAUGGACAGCUAAUGGGUGAGUACAGGCAAGCCGACAUACGACCAGAAGAGAGAGCUGUCUGUCUAGUCCAUGAGUGAGUGCAUCAUCUGGGUGCAGUUCGUGUGGGGGGUGGCAUAAUGAGCCUGGCCGACUUCGUGUCAUCGGAGCGGGCCAACGUGCGGGCUAAUCCGGGGGCCGUCCUCGCCCUGCCCUCCUCAGCAUCCUCGCACCACUCGCCAACACACACACGGGGCGCCAUCGCUGCCAAUCGCUUCUCAUCAGCUGGUGAGUGGGCGGUGUGGCUGCGGGGGGGCGGGUGGACGCACUCACUCACUCGUCUCCCUCUGACAUGUGCAUGUCCUUUGAACAUUGAUAGGGUCAAGCCAGCAGGACGUCCCCCGCACCAACCUGUUCACCACUUCUCAACACAGCAGCAGGCCACCACCAGCAGCACCACCCGCUGCUGCUGCUGCUGCUGUAGCUGUAACAUCGCCGCUCAACCACGACAGCAGCAGAGUGACGGCUGCCCACCCCCCCAGCCACCAGCGCCACAGCCAUCCCCAUCCGACCCCUUCGGCAGCGCAUACAUGGCCGCCGCCACUGCCAGUGACCCCUUCAUGUACACACAGCAGCAGCAGCAACAUGGCGCUGGCUCAUCUGCCUCGUGGCUGGACUCGUUCAACAAUAUGUUUGGCUGGGGCGGUGGUGGGGAGAGUGAAAGUGUGCCGUUGGAGCCGGAGAGGCAGAAAGGACUGCAGGGCGGUGGCGGGGCGGCGGAGUGAUGAUUGAUAAGGGGCGUGAGUAGAGUAGGAGAGGUGCAUGAUUAAAGAGAUGGGAACACCGCUUCUUUUAUCGCCAUGUGGGUCGGUGCGGUGGCUGGCUGGGUGGAAUGAAGUGACUGGAUGGAUGGAUGGUAUUCACGUCUGUCUGUAUGUAUCUGCUGGUGAAUGAUUUUGGGGCUGAGAGAGAGUGAGUGCCUUUUUUGAUAUAUAGAUCGCGUGCUGCAGCGACUUACAUAUUCUGCUGCAAAUGGUGGUGGUGCACAAUCAAUUAAGGAGGCCUGCUCUCGACGGACAGAGACAAGUUUGCCGUGAGUUGUCUGUCCACACACGAGAAACGAGAAAUGGCAGGCACCUGACAAAGGAGGGGAAAAGAAGAACGAAUUUUUGGCAAGUAGAUGCAUGAAAUGGGCGACGAAGUUCGUCUAAUUGGCAAUCCCUUC